GUGCGGAGCCGGGUUGUCACUCAGCUCCCGCGCCUGGGGCGAUGGAGGCGCCGGCGCUGGGAGUGGAGUCCUAGCCCGCUCUCGUCCCCCUACAACAGGCGGGUCCUGGAUUCUCCCGGCACCCCCGGAGCAAGUGGCUGCUGAAGGCGUCGAACUGCCGGACACUGGGACAGUAGCGCUCAGGUGGUUAGGAACUCCACCAGCUUUGGUGACCUUGGGCCGGGCUGGGAGCGCUGCGGCGGGAGCCAGAGGACGAUGAGCUGCCGCGAGGUGCCCAGAGCCCAGCCCUGGCCAGCGCAGCCCCAGAGCUCUGGGCGGCUCCAGGUGCCCGCAACUUUGGGCACCGCCUCUGUGACCCCCUGCCGGCCAGCAGGCAGGAUGGUGCCUGCCUUGCGCCCCUCGGUGCCUGCCUGCUGAUGUGCCCACCCCGUGCCCGCCAUGGCGCCCUCCAUCACGGCCUUCCAGGCCGCAUACAUUGGCAUUGAGGUGCUCAUCGCCCUUGUCUCCGUACCUGGGAACGUGCUGGUGAUCUGGGCGGUGAAAGUGAACCAGGCGCUGCGGGAUGCCACCUUCUGCUUCAUCGUCUCUCUGGCGGUGGCUGACGUGGCCGUGGGCGCCCUGGUCAUCCCACUCGCCAUCCUCAUCAACAUUGGGCCACAGACCUACUUCCACACUUGCCUCAUGGUCGCCUGUCCUGUCCUCAUCCUCACCCAGAGCUCCAUCCUGGCCCUGCUGGCAAUCGCAGUGGACCGCUACCUCCGUGUCAAGAUCCCACUCCGGUACAAGACGGUGGUCACCCCGCGGAGGGCCGCGGUGGCCAUCGCUGGCUGCUGGAUUCUGUCCUUCGUGGUGGGCCUGACCCCCAUGUUUGGCUGGAACAACCUGGGCAAGGUGAGGCAGGAGGCGAACGGCAGCGCGGGCGAGCCGGUGAUCAAAUGUGAGUUUGAGAAGGUCAUCAGCAUGGAGUACAUGGUCUACUUCAACUUCUUCAUCUGGGUGCUGCCCCCGCUGCUGCUCAUGGUCCUCAUCUACCUGGAGGUCUUCUACCUGAUCCGCAAGCAGCUCAACAAGAAGGUGUCAGCCUCGUCUGGGGACCCGCAGAAGUACUAUGGGAAGGAGCUCAAGAUCGCCAAGUCACUGGCCCUCAUCCUCUUCCUCUUUGCCCUCAGCUGGCUGCCCCUGCACAUCCUGAACUGCAUCACCCUCUUCUGCCCCUCCUGCCACAAGCCCAGCAUCCUCAUCUACAUCGCCAUCUUCCUCACGCACGGCAACUCGGCCAUGAACCCCAUCGUCUAUGCCUUCCGCAUCCAGAAAUUCCGGGUCACCUUCCUCAAGAUCUGGAAUGACCACUUCCGCUGCCAGCCGGCCCCCGCCGUCCAGGACAACCUCCCCGAAGAGAGGCCGGAUGACUAGUCCCCACCCCCUGUCCCACCAACCCCAUAGUGGGAGUCUCAGCCCGGCUUCCACAUCCCCACUCCCCCGGCGCCUCCCUGAGCUGUCUCCAGCUGGGCCGUGGGGUGUGGGGCA